AUGUUUUCACAAGUUCGUAAAUUCUCUUCACUCUCCCGAGUGAUUCAAGCCCCUGCCUCAACCACAAAGCUGUCAUUUGCUGCUACUCAACAAUUAGCAUCACCUGCACCAUCCGACAAGAGUAUUGAGAAGGCUACUCUUGAAUUACUCAGUGAUACCGUUCAAAAGGAUAAAGCCAGACCUAUUUCUGAAGCAGUUCAACGUUACCAAAAAGUGCAUCAUGAAGGCGAUAUCUAUCACCCUGAAGAUUUAAACGACACACGUUAUAGAGAAUCCUUACGUCAACGUCGUGGAAAGCCUACACCUCCUACUGAAGAUCCAUUCGAAGUGUUGGGUUUAGAUCCUCUUCAUGAAUACAAAAAUUUCAGACUUUUGACACAUUUCGUUUCUGAUAUGGGAAAGAUUUUACCUCGUGAGCAAACUGGUGUUAGUGCAAAGAAUCAACGUAAAUUAGCAAAGGCUAUCAAGCGUGCGAGAGCAAUGGGUUUGAUGUCAAGUACUAGCAAGCAAUACGAUUUUAGAGUUUAG